UGUGCAGGCGACUGCUACACGUGCAUUGGAGAAGACUAUCGGGGUAAGACGUCCCGCACGGAGACGGGGAGGGAGUGUCAACGCUGGGACCAGCUGGAACCUCACAGACACAGCUACCAGCCACACAGUUUUCCCGAGCGUGGCCUGGUGAACAACUACUGCCGCAACCCAGACGGGGAGCCCAGACCCUGGUGCUACACCACGGACCCGGAAAAGCGGUGGGAGUACUGCGCCGUGGCCAAGUGCGAGGGGUCGCCCCCCACAAACCCCGACCUGGAGGUCACCUUGACCUGCGUGAAAGGUCAAGGGGAGGGCUACCGGGGCACCGUCUCGGUCACCGUGUCGGGCCGGACCUGCCAGGCCUGGGACUCGCAGAGUCCACACGCUCAUCGUAGGCGGCCAGAGGUCUACAGCUGCAAGGGCUUAGAGGCCAACUACUGCCGCAACCCGGACGGGGAGAAGCUGCCCUGGUGCUACACCGCGGACCCGGAGCGUCGCUGGGAGUACUGCAACGUGCCCUCGUGUGCCGGUGGGACCACUGGCAGCUGCUACCACUGCAUCGGCGAGGAUUACCGUGGCACGGUGGCCAAGACCGAGACGGGCAAGGACUGCCAACGCUGGGAUGAGCAGACCCCGCACAGGCACACCUUCAGCCCGCAGAGCUUCGCAGGGAGCGACCUGGCCAACAACUUCUGCCGCAACCCCAACAAGGAGUCUCGCCCCUGGUGCUUCACCACGGACGCCGCGCAGCGCUGGGAGCACUGCGCUCUCUCCAAGUGCGAGGGCGAGCCGCCGGAGAACGCCGCGCCGGAGCUGACCACGUCGUGCGUGAAGGGCACGGGGGAAGGGUACCGGGGCACCGUGGCGAUCACCGUCUCGGGCAAGGCGUGCCAGGCCUGGGCCUCGCAGACUCCGCACUCACACACCCGCACGCCUGACGUCUACAGCUGCCAGGGCCUGGUGAGCAACUACUGCCGCAACCCGGACGGCGAGAAGCUGCCCUGGUGCUACACCGCGGACCCCGAGCAGCGCUGGGAGUACUGCGACGUGCCCUCGUGCGGCACCGGCGGAGCCGUCGCCGGCGUCGCCGAUUCCCAGGCGGGGACGGCUCAAGUUGCGCAGCCUCCGCAAGUUUCACCGGAGGCCGACUGCUUCACGGGCCUGGGGCUGGACUACCGCGGCACUGCCUCGGUCACCCGCUCGGGCCUCCGCUGCCAGGCCUGGGAGUCGGACGAGCCCCACAAGGUGCGGAUGCACACGCCAGAGAUGCACCCGGACGCGGGACUCAGCGGGAAGUUCUGCAGAAACCCUGACAAGGAUGCGCAAGGCCCCUGGUGCUACACCAUGGACCCCCGCAAGCAGUGGGAGCACUGCAACAUUCAGCGCUGCCCGAGUGGAGAGAAGUGUGGUGUUCAAGUGGAGAAGCCCAAGGUCUGCAUGGGGAGGAUCGUGGGUGGAUGUCCGGCCAAGCCUCACUCGUGGCCCUGGCAGGUGGCCAUCCGAAAGAAGCUCUACAGCUUCAGCAGUCAGUUCAGGCCGCACUGCGGAGCGACUCUCAUCGACCCCUCAUGGAUCCUCACCGCCGCCCACUGCGUCAACAGCUCGGACGUCCGCCUCUACCGCGUGCUCCUCGGCGUCCACAACGAGCUGGCGCCGGAGCGGGAGGCCUGGCAGACGGUGCCGGUGGCGAGCAUCCACACGGAGCCCCGCGGCGUGGACAUCGCCCUGGUCAAGAUCGCGACGCCGGCACAGCUGACCGACCGUGUGUCUCUCGUCUGCCUGCCCGACCCUGACCAAGUCCUGGCACAUGGCACCGACUGCGUCAUCACGGGCUGGGGGGAGACGCAGG